AUGCAGCACAACCAUGGCACCCCUUUGCAAGUAGGAGGAGCCCAGCUUCCUCUGGCGUGGAGUCCGAUGAUGGACUAUCCAGGCUUUGGCAUGUCGGCCAGUGCACCGUGCACACCAGCAGUGCCACAAUGGCAGGAGGCCUACUUUCAGGAGGAUGCAUAUGCACAACUCCCGCCGUACUACCUGCCAGUAGGCACAUCCGCACCGACGACACCGGUCGUACCACGCGUGCUGGAGGCGUACUUCCAAGAAGCACCUACCAAGCAACUCUCGACACUGCAACAGGGCUAUGCCGACGCAGGGCCAUCACGGUUCGCAGCAGCGCAUUGGGGGUCGACACCAGAUCAGCAUUUCCACCAGCGUCAAUAUUCAGCGCAGGACCUCGGAGAUGCCAUGCCCAUAGAGCAACACCAGCUUCUGCUGUCGUCGCCCAUUCUUUCGGACAGUGCAUCGGACAGCACCUCUGUCCAAGGAAGUCCGCAGCAGCUCGACUUGCAACCAGUCAGCCUGACUCGUCCCGACCCGAGCACAAGUGGGUAUGGCUGUAUGCAUUGGCUCGAGCAACAACAGCACCAGAGACCGGGCGGUGCUUUCCAGAACAGCCUUUUCUUGUCACAGUAA